AUGCCUCUCUGCUCCGUCUCCGGCUCUCCGCCAACUGUCCCCGUCGGCGUCGUCUCUCUCCUCCCCGCCUCCCCGCGCCGCCCGCAAAAGCCACACGCCGGUAUGCGCCUCCGCCAGCCCCGCAGCAUAGCCGAGCCCCGCAGAAGUCGUCUGCCUCAUCAUCGCUUCCGCUCCUCGCCGCAUGCGAGCCAUAAUCUCGCCCCCGGUCGCGUCCCAUCGCCCGCCCGGGAAGGUAUUGGUUUCCUCCUCCUACCCCCCACGGCGCAGCAAUUUUUUCAGGGGUGCCCUAGUCGAAGGCGGAUCAGCGUGGUUCCCAUAUUCUGAUUUGUAGCCAGCGCGGCUCACACGUUUUGUCCGCGUCUCCGCUCUUUAAUUUCGAAUUAUUUGUGCGGAAUCCGUAGUGCCGGGCUGGUGGAUGAGCCUAUGAACUAGGUUUAUUGGCCGUGAACGAAUGGGUAGAACCAAAUGUUGAUGCAUGCAUUGGGCCUCUCGGUACCGUGGAAAUCGCACCGUAACUGUUUGUCUGUUUGACUUACCUGAAGAACCACACAAGUUCGGUGAUGCUGAAUUUGGUAACAUGACAAAAUCGUAUAAGUAUCGUCUGUCUCUGCCUUGCUCAACACUUGUCUGUUGAUUGUUGAAGUCCUCAGCAAUCCUCUCACAUAGUCACAUCAAGAUGCUGCACAUGACAUGAUGCGUUGGUGGACUCAGCUGUUUGCAUAACAGGAGGCAGAAGCUGGAGAUGUUGGAUUUGUCUUAUAUGUCUAUUAAUAACAUGAUCACAGGUUUCGAACUGAGCUACAGAGUCUGGAACACUGGAGCAAUCUUAUUUAGUACUGUAAAGAAAUUAAAGAUCAUUUAGAUCACUAAUAUAGUGAUAUAAACGAUCUUAUAUUUCUUUACAGAGGAGUAAUAUACAUCCAGAAGUCAGCAUAUAAAAGGUUAUAAUUAUUUAACAUAACAGAAUGUUUAAAGUAAAUCAUCACUGCGACCUUAGUUGAGUUUAUUAACCCAGCCACAUGAGCCUCCACUAGGACGAUUCUCAUGUAGCCGUGAUUUCUCUGGCUUUACUUUUAACGGUCCUUUGAAGAAAUGUUAUUGACAUAAGAAAUCUGAAUUGGAUUCCUAAAAAAGGAAAUCUGAAUUGGCAUUAGCAAGUUGCAAGCAGUUGAAAUUCUCCAUUUUCUUCUUAAUUUUGUGAUCAAUCCCUUUAUCUGUCUUGUUUUAUGUUCUUAUUAAUGAUGAUACCCAACUUGCAGUUCUUAAGUCUGAACCUGUGAUUUGAUGAGGACUGUGGUUUCUUUCAGUUGCCUGCCACAGUGCUCAAGGUUCAGCUACCAUUAUUUAACCUACCAGAGAUUUCUGUUUGUACUUUGUACCAUGAUUUCAGAACCAAAUGCACUUCCAAGGUUUGACCUUUUGUGCAAUUUUUUUUCUGAGCCUUUUUUUAAAAGCAUCACCAAAGAACUAGCUAUGGACAGGGGUGCGUGGAAGCUUGCUAUCCAUGUGCCAGAGCCACGAGUUGGUCGCGAGAUCUUAUGAGUUUCACCUCUAGCCUACCCCAACUUGUUUGGGACUAAAGGCUUUGUUGUUGUUGUUGUUGUAGCCUUUUUUUAAAGCUGCAAACUGACUGUUGCAUUUGCUGUAUUUGACACCCCAAAAGGAGAGGGCUGCUGCACAUUUACAGAAAUGACUGGUCGAUUGUUCAUGGAAAAUAGGUAUUCAGAUAUUCUUUUUGUAUACAUUCGUGCCCAGAUAACCAGUAAUAUCCAUAUAAAUCAAGUGUGGAUCACUUGCUCUGUUCCUGUGAUGUGAUGCCUAUGGUUCCUGGUUACAGAACAUAUUGUGGAAGUGAACAGUAUAAGGUUAAUGGUCAAGGAUUGUGCCAUGAAUUUGCCAUUUCUGUUCAUCUUUGCGCUUCAAGCAUUCUGUUCCUAACUUGACUGUUCUUUGCAAAUUUCUCUCUUCUGCCCCAAGUGCAUCAGACAGGAACCGUGUCCUCGGAGGUUGAGGGGGUGAAAGGCACGUGAAAUGAUCUUCCCGGCCUCUCCGUGGCCAAAGGAUUAAGCAAAUCUGCGCAGAACUCAGACGCCAAGAGCUUUCCAGGCAUGUUCAAAAGGACACAAUAUCUUCUUCGCGGUACAGUGGUAGGUGAAACUCCAAGGGCGAUUCGAUUUGACAGUGUGGGAGAAGACAGACAGGAGAGGAGGCAACAUCCUAUCAUAUGAGUAGAGUUCUUCCACUCAUUGCCAUGCUGCAGCAGGGUGAAGGAGAGAGUUCUUGGGGGAUGGCGAGUGAUCGUGGUAGAGCUGUACCAUUCGGCCAAGCGCUUGGAUAUGGAAUCCAAGGCCACGCUCCUCCUCCUGCCAACUUCCUGAGGGAGUUGCAACCGGCAGCCGCUGCUUACUUUGGCGAGUUGGAGGAGGCCCUUAUCCAUGGCACCUGCGCUGCCGGUGUCGAUCCUGUCAUGAUCGAAAGUGAUGCCCACACCAAGUCAGCAGUAGCAGCAGCGGCGGGAUAUCUUGCGGCUAGGCCCCCCACGUUGGAGAUCUUCCCUUCUUGGCCAAUGAGUCAUCUACAGAAGCCAUACAGUGGGAACUCGCAGUCAGUAGGGAGCACUGACUCCAGCUCCGCCCAGAACACAAUGUCACAGGCCGAGUUGGUGUCCCCAGUGAGCAUGAGGACCGACUCUGGGCAGCAGCAGCAGGACCAGCAGGAGGCGUUGAUGGUGACCAUUGAUGAUUACAACUACAGUCAAGGACUUGGGGCUGCACCAGCCACUGCACCAAGCUUUCAGCAACAUGCAGGAGCCCAAGAUAAGAGAAAGCAUGGAUCCACAAGAAAAGAUGGCAAAUUGGUAGAUCCCAAGACUGAAAGGCGAUUGGCGCAGAACAGAGAAGCUGCGAGGAAAAGCAGGCUGAGAAAAAAGGCUUAUGUUCAGCAGUUAGAAACAGGCCGGAUCAGGCUUCAGCAGAUCGAGCAAGAGCUUCAGAGAGGGCGCUCACAGGGUCUGCUCACGGGAGGAUGUAGCGCGCCUGGAGAGAUGAGUUCCGCCGCUGUGAUGUUCGACAUGGAGUAUGCCCGAUGGUUAGACGAAGACAACAAGUACAUGGCGGAGAUUCAGGGCGCUCUGCAGGCCCAGGUCCUCGACGCGAACCUCAGCACCAUCGUCGAAGACUGCAUGCGACACCAUGACGAGCUGUUCCACCUGAGGGCCGUGCUCGCUAGGUCUGACGUCUUCCACCUAAUGACCGGCAUGUGGGCGACGCAGUCCGAGCGGUGCUUCCUCUGGAUGGCCGGCUUCCGGCCUUCAGAAAUCCUCAAGAUGCUGAUACCUCAGCUUGAUCCGUCGACGGAACAGCAGCUGCUGGGGAUGUGCAACCUGCAGCAGUCAUCGGAGCAAGCCGAGGAGGCGCUCGAGCAGGGGCUAAAGCAGCUGCACCAGUCACUUGCCGACGCGGUGGGCGCUGGCCCUCUCAAUGACGGUGCAGAUGUUGCCAACUAUACCGGUCUCAUGGCUCUAGCUCUUGACAGGCUCGACAACCUCGAGAGCUUUUAUCGUGAGGCCGACAACCUGAGACAGCAAACCCUGCAUCACAUGCGGCGGAUCCUCACCACCAGGCAGACGGCCCGGUGCUUCGUCUCCCUCGGAGAGUACCACCGCCGCCUCCGCGCCCUCAGCUCCAUCUGGGCCUCACGUCCUCGCGAGAACUUCAUGAUGCCAGAGAAUGUCAGCUCUACAGCAACAGAAUUCCAGGCCAUUCACCAUCAGCCUCAGCAAAACCAGUUCUCCGGCCUCUGAAGCAUCGCACAAAUUCCGCCAACAAAGACCGCGAGGAGGCUGCAGCAUUGUUCCAUCGUUGCUGUUAAGAUAUUGGGAAAGGGGAAUAUCAUAUCACUAGCUAGGGAAAAGGAGCAGAAAGUAGGCCGGCCAAGGGCAAGAAAUUAACUGGCCUGGCUCAUCGCGUGUGUUGUGAUGUUCUUUUGGCUCUUGAACUGCACCAAGGGAGGGGUUAGCACCUUUGCAGGAAAUUUGGUGCAAAGCGUAGAGGGGGAUUAGGAAAAGGCAAGGGCCGGUGGGAGGGACGUGGACGUGGGUUACGUUGUAUGAUUAUUAUCAGUAGAGUAGGCCAUUCCAUUUGAGAAAUGGGCGGAGGAAUAAACAAUUAAUCUGAUC